AUCAGCUCCCGCUGUCGAUGUGCUCGACUGACAGGUUAUCUUGAAAUCAAGACUGACGAGUGGGUUUGGGCCCUGAUCUGCGUGCCGUUUCUUGCGUGGCCGCGGCCGUCUACAGUAUGGAACCGGAGCCGUCGCAAGCGCAACCUCAACCUGCUCCUGAGGAACCGGUCAAGUCGAUCGAGAACGAUGGCCAGACCGACGGUCAGGCUCCCACCGAUGGGAUCACAGAUGAUCAAUGGAGGUCAAUGAUGAAUGUGGUUUUGGCUAUCUAUGAAUUCAGAGAAGAGGAUGGCCAUGAUCCAUCAAGAUUGUUCCAGCGAAGCGUCAACAAACGCAAUGUUCCCGAUUAUUACGAUAUCAUCAAGGAGCCUAUGGCUCUAAGCAUUCUUAAACAAAAGAUCAACAAGCGCGAGUAUAAGAGCUUCUCGGAGUUCGUGCGCGAUUGUGCCCUAAUCCCUCACAAUGCGCAAACCUACAACCGCCCCAAAUCCCAAGCGUACGAAGAUGCGCUCGUGAUAAAGGAUGUCUUCAUUGCCGAGUUUCGAAAACUGGUUGAUCAAGGGAUCAUCACUGCGGAAGAGGCUGAACUUCCCGAUCUGGGGGAAAUCCCCGAGGCCGAUCCCCUUCCCGAGGAAGAGGAAGAGGAAGACGAGGAUGAAGAAGACGAAGAGGAUGAGGAAGAUUCGGAUGAUGAGAGCCGACGGAAGAAGAAAAAGGGCCCUCGUCCGGGUGGUAAACGGGACGGUGGCAAAGAUGACGGUCAAAAGUCGAACGAUCCCGAGCUGAGGAAGAAACGUGGACGACCACCGCGUGUUGAUACCCCGAUGGAGGCUAGAAUCAAAGCCGUUUUAAAGGGUAUUCGGAAGCUGAAGGGCCCUGGUAGCCAACUCAAGGUGCGACAUUUCGAGCGAUUGCCCGACAAGGCCACCUACCCGGACUAUUACAUGGAAAUCAGAGAACCCAUUGCUAUCGACAUUAUCAAGCGGAAGUCGAAGCGGAAGAAGUACAACUCCGUGGACCAUUUCAUGAGAGACAUGGACCUCAUGUUUAACAACGCAAAGGCCUACAACCAGCCAGAGAGUCAAAUCUAUAAGGAUGCGGUUGACUUGCAAUUGGAAGCACGCAAACUGGCGGAGCACGAGAAGAAGAAGCCGGACAGUGAGUACUUGAUGGAGGAUGGACGCUUGCCCCUCCCGGAUGGCAUCCUGCACAAGAGCGAGCUGUGGAAGGUUGGCGACUGGGUACAUAUUCAGAACCCGAAUGACGUGACGAAACCCAUUGUCGCCCAGAUUUAUCGCACAUGGCAGGAUUCUGAGGGUGAGAAAUGGAUCAACGCUUGUUGGUACUAUCGCCCGGAGCAAACUGUACAUCACUUCGAGAAGCAUUUCUACCCCAAUGAAGUGGUCAAGACUGGUCAGUAUCGUGAUCACCGGGUGGAAGAGAUUGUGGAUCGUUGCUUCGUGAUGUUCUUCACUCGUUAUAAUCGUGGCCGACCCCGAGGUCUUCCGCCCGACAAAGAUGUCUACGUCUGCGAGGCUCGGUACAAUGAAGAGAAGCAUAAACUGAAUAAGAUCAAAACGUGGGCGAGUUGUCUCCCUGAUGAAGUCAGGGAAAAGGACUACGAAAUGGAUCUGUUUGAUGCUCCCCGAAGGAUCAAGAAGAUCCCCAGCCCAAUCAAGCAUUUGCUGAAGAGCGAUGCGAAGGAGACCGAUGACCUGCCCAAACCGACUUGGGGAGCCGAGAAUGCACCUCCUGUCGUCGGUGCAGUUCAUCGCCGCCCUCGAGAUGAGAACGAAUCUCCUCCUCCAGAACCAACCCCGUCACCACCUCCGUCCCUGCCACCACCAACCUUGCCCUCAGCUCCACCUCGACAGCCAUCGAUCCCUCAGUCGUCUGGACGGCCCAGUAUAGACAAUCAAAGCACCGGCGUGACGGCUGGAACUGUGGCGGCGGUCCGAUCCCCAGCUGCACCUAUUCCUCCGGCCCAGAGCUCACCGGCACCAGCUCCUCCGGUAAAUUUCCAUCAACCCCAGAUUCCCCCAACCCAGGCUUAUCAGCCUGCCUUGCAGAAGCGUGCUAGCGCAUUCGUCCCUCAAACACCUCACCCGGCCACCUACCAAACGUCGGCUAUGUCUCACCCAUACGCGGCCGCUCAACAAACACCAUAUAACGCAUAUUCUGGCGGCCGGUUGCCGGUUCCUCCCAUGGGAACGUACAAUCCCAACGCUCCUCGUCCGAUCGAAGUCUUCCAUUUGAGCGAUUCCGCGAAUGCUGCCAUCCCGGCGGACAUACGUGAACAGUUCCACUGUGAUGACCAGGGUCGCGUGCUAUUCUUCUCCAGCCCGCCGCUUGAUGUAGUCCCAUCCGUUCAGCAAAAGCUAGGCCAUUCACUCAAAUAUCUUGCUGCCAAAGAGGAGCGGAGAAGGUUGGUGGAGGCCAAGAAGCGCAAAGAGAUGGAUGAACAGGCCGAGCGUGAAGCAGAUGCUAAGCGACAGCGAGCUGACAUUGAGACAACUCUCGCCGCUCGGGUGGACGCUUUGACAACUAGGGCCGUGGAGAAUUUGACGUCCCAGAUCACGCAGGGCACAGGUCAGCUCUACGAAAUCCUGUAUCAGGAUCAGGCAGAAAGUAUCCGACAAGCAGAUGCCAGAGCUCACGAACAAAGGCUUCUUGCCGACCACAUGGCCCAGCAGCAAACUGCGCGGAUAUUGGCAAACUCGCAGCCGCCGAGCUACAUCAACCUUAAAGGUAACGCCAUGUAUCUGAGCGACAUUGGACCUAAAGCUUGAUUUGUUGCGAAGGAACUGUCUUGAAUCGACUACGGCUUAACUCCCUCGAAUGCUCAGUGAGACAAAGACUGCCCACUGGAUUGCCACGAGCUAGGUAGGAUGAGGGUACAACCACGGAACUUGAUUUGGACGGAUGGCGAUGUCGUCGUCUUUCUCCUCGAUAGCCUCUUGUUACCCGACCAAACUCAAUCGGAGAAGAAUUUUGUUCGUCAAGUCCAUGUUCUCAUGUAUAGUAGGACGUUAAAUGCAGUCGAUGUUUUCUUUUAGGAAGGUCACUCCGUUAUGACUUAGUAUAUAUGUCUCACAACCUACA